UUUCUCCUUUGUACUUGUGACACUAUUAGAGUUUUUUUACGCCUAUCUCUAUUAGGUGUGACUGGCAACUGCAGUGGGUUGAAUCCUACUAGUUCAGUGUUUCCCAACUCCAGGCAGGGGUAGAGUAGCCAUUUGUGUUGUAGCCCUGGAGAGGCACAGCUGAUUGAAAGAGUUGAAUGAGGUGCAACAACAACAACAACAACAACAACAACAACAACAACAGCAAUCAAUGUGAAGAGUGGGACACAGAUUAGUAGUGGAUCCCCCAGUUGUCACAGUUGGGCCUUGUGUUCAACAUAGCUCAGUAUUUGAGUGUGUUUCCCGCACAUGUAAGUAGCUUUCAUUUCUUCUUCCUCCAUAGUUCCCUAGAACUAACGCCCUCCCCUUUGCAGCAGAGGCCAGGCAAAAGCGCGCGCUUUCUGUGCCACUGGCUUCAAUCAGGUCCACCAAACGCAGAUAAUAAGAGCACCAAGCAGGAAAAAUUACGUCAUUAAUUCACUUGAACUCAGCUAGCGAACACACAAUGUCUGGAAGAGGUAAAGGCGGCAAGGGACUCGGAAAAGGAGGCGCCAAGCGUCACCGUAAGGUUCUCCGCGAUAACAUCCAGGGAAUCACCAAGCCCGCCAUUCGCCGUCUGGCUCGCCGUGGCGGCGUGAAGCGUAUCUCCGGGCUGAUCUACGAGGAGACCCGCGGUGUCCUGAAGGUGUUCCUUGAGAACGUGAUCCGUGACGCCGUCACCUACACCGAGCACGCCAAGAGGAAGACCGUUACGGCCAUGGACGUGGUCUACGCUCUGAAACGCCAGGGACGCACCCUGUACGGUUUCGGCGGUUAAACGCACUCUUCUCGGAACGUCAACAUCCCGACUUGAACCCAAAGGCUCUUUUAAGAGCCAC